AUGGGCCCGCCAAUCAUCGUCGGCAGCUCCGAAUCGCCGCCCCGCCGGUCAGGCAAGGCCCAUCGCCCCUCGAAGCUUCCAGAGGUCGUCCGUCCCAAUGUGUCAAAUCCUUCAUCUCAGGUCCGCAGUCAAUCAAGCCUCCAAGGCAAAGUCAAUUCCGGCGCUGAGCAAUCUAGGUCAAACCGCCACAUUAGUCUGUCGAGAAAUCCUUGUCAUCAUUGCAGCCGCCGAUCAUCUUCAUCAAGGCCACUCACAGCUGCAGUCCGUCAAUUGGAAUAA